UGCGCAUUAGUUGGCAACAAGUCAAAUUCAGCCGGGCGACAAGAAGUGUAUGAACUGAUCUGAAGUUGUACAGAACUCUUUCUACGACUGUAAACAAGUACUGCACAGUAUCUGGGAGGAGAGAAGAAUAAUAUAAACAAUUUCAAAAUGUUCUAUGGAGCCUUUGUGCUGUCCAAGAAGGGCCCGUUAGCCAAGGUCUGGCUCGCUGCUCACUGGGACAAGAAGCUCACCAAAGCCCAGGUCUUUGAGACAAAUGUGGAGUCCACAGUCGACAGUAUCAUCUCACCUCAAGUGAAGAUGGCUCUGAGGACCUCCGGACAUCUCCUCCUCGGUGUUGUGAGAAUCUACUCCCGGAAGCAGAAGUACCUCCUUCACGAUCUUGGAGAGGCUUGUGCUAAGAUCAAGAUGGCCUUUAGACCAGGAGUUGUGGACCUCCCCCCUGAGAGCAGAGUGGACAAUGCUGAAGCCAUCACAUUGCCGGAAAUCUUCCACGAUUUUGAGGCUGCGGUGGCUGAUCUGGGGUCUUUGGAUGUGGAGGCCCAGUUCACAGUAAACCCCAGUAGAGCCAGCGAGAUCACCAUGGCAGAAAAUGUCACCUCUUCCAAGAAUGACAUGUUUGGUGAAUUUGGAGAGUUUGACCUGGUGGGAAGUGGAUUUGGAGGUGGUAUGGAGGAUAUAGAGGUGGCCAGGGACGCAAGGGUCGAUGUGCUGGAUGGUGAAACCACAGACCGCACGGGAAUACAGCUCAGUGACAUGAGCAAUGGUACCUUGUUGGGUGACGAUGGGAACGGUGGCCCACUCACAAUGAAGGAUCAGCUGCCCCUGGAUGUGGGGGGCAUGGGGGGUGGUCUAAUGGAGGGCUUUGGAGUCGGUGAUGGCGGUAUGAUGGAUAUUGGAGAGAUGCCUAAUGUAUCUGACCUCACCAUGGACCAUCCUGGGAACCAAACUAACGAUGAUAAAGGCGACAAAGAGCCCACUCCAAUGGAAGUGGAUCAGACCAACGAGCAAACCAUUGGUGAUGACCAGACAGUGAGAAUUCCUGACGCAGCCCCUCAGGCCAUGGAGGAGGGUUUCACACUGGAGCCCCUGGACGUCACUGGGGUCGAGAAAAAGGUCAAAGCUGUCAAGAAACGUAGACUAGUCAUUGAUACUGCCAAGGAAUUCUCUGGAGACGUAAUCAAGUCACAGUUUACAGAUUACCAUGAAACUCUGCAGCCCAAGUGCUUCCCCCCUCCUACUAAGAAGGCGAUGAUGUGGAAAGCAAUGGCCAGUUGCGAGCAACUAUUCAGUAGACCAACAUUUAUUGUACACAAAAAACUUUCUCGAGCUGUGACAAGGAACUACAAGCCUGAGUUGCCAGAGGGAGCCAAAGUGGACGCAAUUUUGGAACUGGACGAAUUGGAUAAUAUCAAAGACGUGACAGAGGACAUCGAACAACCUCGCAAUCAGACAGCCUCAAUUGCUAUUGGUGAUGUUACUGCCGGCACCAUACCCCUACCGGACAACACGAGAGAGCCAAUAAUCGACGAAUUCCAGUUUGAAAUGGGAGAGGAGCGACCACCAGAUAUGCAAGGAGAUAUCCUCGAACCAACAGAAGAAGACCCAACGUCAAGAGUUAUUCCUGAAAUGCCCAGCUUAGAAGAUGGCAUAACAGAAAACGCAGAGGAUCAGCAAGAAAGCAACGAGCUGUCUGAAGAGUUUGAGGCAAGACGUUGGACCAAACGCACACAGCAAGUGAUUCGAGUGUUGGAUCGUGGCUUCAAGAACGAAAAUUCAGUCGAGUUCUCAUCUCUGACCCAACGCUGUAAUCGCAAACUUGCUGCAUCAAGAUUCUACACCUGUCUACUACUGGCUAAAGAGAAGAUGAUUACACUGGAGCAGGGAGAAGCUUACUCUGAGAUCACCGUCACAAAGGGAGUCAAGUUCACUGACGUAUCUUAAAACUAUUCAAACACUAUUAGCUACCUUUUUGUCUUUGUUCUAUACAUGCAAAACAUACAUGAACAUUUUUAUCUAACACACAUUUAAUUCUCUCUAACAAAUUAUGCUCUACAAUAAUGUUAUUGCUUAUAUCACCUCUGUACUAUUGAUUUACUUUAUUAUUAUGUGUUCAUAUACUUUUUAUGCAGCCACACCCA